UUUUGGCUGCGAAGGCGAAGGUGGAGACAAGUUCUCUGCGGCUACCGGAGCCUGCCGUUGGGCUAAGAUUCCAAAUGAAAUCAUUUGAGAGCAUUGAUUCUGCUGUUCCAAGGUCCAGCCGGGACCUUUGGGCAGAAAUCUGUUCCUGUUUGCCAAAUCCUGACCAGGGGGAUGAGCCCAAAGAUGCCUUCUCUGAUUCCUUUACGGAUUUACCUUCUGGGGGCGAAAAUGAGAAAGAAGCUGCAGACUUGACUGUUCGGCCAGAUCUAAAGCCUUGGGCUCCAUUGCAGGAUUCAGAAGUGUAUUUAGCAUCUCUAGAGAAGAAACUAAAAAGAAUUAAGGGUUUAAGCCAGGAAGUGACUUCCAAGGACAUGCUUCGUACCCUUGCUCAGGCCAAGAAAGAAUGCUGGGAUCGAUUCCUUCAGGAGAAGUUAGAAUCUGAGUUCUUUAUGGAGGGUGUUGAGUCUGAUGAGAGUACUUUGGAACAUUUCAAGAGGUGGCUGCAGCCAGACAAAGUGGCCAUCAGCGCAGAGGAGAUACAGUACCUGAUUCCACCAGAGUCGAAGUCUGAGAAGCCCGGGGAGGAGCCAGCAGCCGUGGAACAAUAAACCACACACACCAUGCAGCUGUCACAGGUCCCUAGGGACCAGUGGAGUUCUCAGCAGCAAGUAAUGAAAGGAGAGUUGAAGGUUAAAAAAAAGAGAAGCAGCCCAAAUUUCUACUCUGCAAAGCAAACAGCUGCAGGCCCCUGAAGACCUGGUUUGGGAUCUAGUGCAUGUGUUUGCCUUGGAUGAAGUAACUGGUCCAGUGCAUGCUGGACCCAAAGAUUGCUUUCCUCUCUGCUGUUCUGCAGCUCUUCUAAGCCCUGAAGCUGCAGGUUAGAUCUCUGUUAGUAAUCUGAUGAAGGACCAAGCAUGGAAAAUGUUUGGAGAAAUUGAUGCCUAGGCUUGAAUGGACAAAUUAUGUGAACUUUUUUCCCUUCCUUCAUGGGUAAACAAACUCAGAGCUCUCAUAUUGCUGGUUGUAGCCCUACCUGGUAAGAGAUUUCUGUUUAGUAGAACAAACCUAUCAGCCUCAGUGUUCCCUGUACGUGUUCCAAACACCUCUGUAAAUCCUGUAAGGGCAUAAGGGAGGUGAAGGCUACUUCCUCAGAUGUCAGCCUCUCUCAGAUUCUCCUCGGUACGCUAUGCAGUGAUAUUAAAUAAUACCACUACCUGACAUUUGUAUGAUGCUUCACAGUUUUUAAAGCCCACUAGCCUCACUUUGAUCCUCACUACAGCCCUGUGAACUGGGCAGGGCACAGGUUGUUGUUUCUGCGUUAUCAAUGAGGGGAAGUCGUUUGCCCAGGAUCGUGUCUAGCAAGCGAUGAAGCUAUGACUAGAAUCUAGCUCUUCUGAUCCGAAGUCUGGUCCUUUUUUUUUUUCCCACUAAUUGCUGAGUGGACUAAGUAGCAAAGCCCUGAAGGAAAUGGAUUGUGUGUGUGUUUUUUUUUUUCCCUAGUGUCUGAUUUAUUAUUGUGAUAGGUUUGGAAUGUGGAGAGUGUGAGUGUUUGUAUGGAGUACAGCUAUGAGCACCCUUCCGUUUCAUUUUUUUCAGUUGUCUUUUGAAUUUAAAAAUUCCAGGUUCUAAAUCACAGUUUAAGAUGGUUUUAAUAUUUGGUUGGUAUUACAGCUGAGAAGUUUUGUUUUCAUACCUUUUGGCAGUUCUACUAACUGAGCCAUAAGCUUCCCUCCAUGUUUAACUUGUUUUAAUUUGGUAUGUACUGUCAAUAAAAAGCUUUUCCCAUCUUAA